GUUUUACUACCGCACGUGAAUGCAGCACUCCUAAGUUAACAAAAAGCGAAAGAGAAAAUCUGAAACAUUUUUGGAGGAUUUAUUCAUCCACAUUCUUCUUUGGUAUUCAUCGGUUUUCUUUUAAAACAAUUCCAUCCAUGUUCGGCCGAUGGUGGACUUGCAGCUACUUCUGUUUAUUUCUAUCAUUGUGUUUUUCUGUCGCUGCUGCUUCAGCAAACUGAACAUGAGCGAAUACUGCAGGAAGUUCACCGAGAGCGUCAACGCAAACAGUCCAUUCCGAUACCAUAGUUUGAUGAACCACGGAGCGACCUGCUACCUGAACAGUGUUCUGCAGGUUCUGUUCAUGACUGAGGACUUCAGAGAAGCUGUGAACAGCAGUUCCAAGUCUGGGUUUAUUGAUCAUCACCUGAAGGAUCUGUUCAAAAGAUUAUUGACUCAAACCUCAGAUGCUUACAGAAUAAUCCAAGCUCUUGGAAUAGAAAAAGUGAAUGAACAACAAGAUGCAGCAGAGUACCUUCAAAAGAUUUUAAGGAUGACCAGUCCGGAGGCAGCACAGAUCUUUCAUGGAGAGAUGACAGAGAGAAGCUCCUGUCUGUCGUGUCAGAAGCAGGUCCAGACAAAUGUUCCAUUCUGGCUUCUUCCACUGUCGCUGGGCGAACCGGAGAGUGAAAACAGUGUGGACGGCAGCAUCAAGAACUUCUUCAAGAUUUCCUAUUUCAGAGGAGAAGAUCAGAUGUACUGUGAUAAUUGUGACAGAAAAACAGAUGCUGCUGGUAUGUCAGUAGUGAAGCAUCAUCCAGAUGUUCUGAUUCUGCUGCUGAAGAGGUUCGUUUUCAGCUACGAUUACAUGUCGUACGUCAAAAUCAACUGUGCUGUGGAAGUCCCAUUCUCCCUGAACAUACCAGAGAAUCAGACGUACGAGCUGUACGCCGUCAUCGACCAUUUCGGGGACCUGAGAAGUGGACACUACACCUCUAGGAUCAGAUCCCAGCAGGAGAGUAGAUGGCUCCAAUUCAACAGUAGCUCAGUCUCAGCUCUUGAAGGCUGUGAAUUAUCACAAAAAGGUGACACUGAGAGCUCCAGUAGUGCAUAUCUUUUAUUUUAUAGAAAGAAAGACACUGAAAGCACUCUGACAGUAAAUGGAGGUUCUCCACCAGCCAUCAGGGGGGAUCCUGGAGCUGAAAAGAGAGAACACAGUCGUGAUGAGGAGAACCGUCUCCUUCAUGAAGUUUCACCCAAAACACAAAAUCCUUCAAGAAAUGAACCAUUUGCUUUAGAAGAGAUGGACAUUUCUGAUCGUUACAGUGUUGAACCAGAGCUGAAUGAUAAUGUUAAUGGUUUGGGGCGAACUGAUGUAGAGAGUGAAGAGAGGGAUAGGCUCCAGCAGCAUUCAGAGCUUAAUGUGGAGGAAGAAAUGAGGAACGUGAACGAUGCUGAACAUCUCAGUCUCAGACAGAAUGAGAGGAAAGAUGCAGAUUUUGAUGGAAACGUGAGUGAUAAACAAAUGAAGACAGAUGUGGAAGACGAAGGGGUUAAAGAUAAUAGAAUUACAGAAACAGGAAGUGCUCCUGAAGUUCAGGACAGACGUGAAAGGUCAAACAGCGGCGCGUUGUGUCUGGACCCUCUACAGGAAGAAGAAGAAGAGGAGGGGGGAGCUCUAGAUGAUGAAGAUCCCAGACCUUCUCAGGAACGUACAGCUGUCAUAGUCGAGUCUGUCGAUCCCCAGAACAAGAGGAAAUUACCUGAAGAUCUGAACACUCCAGAACAGGAAACGUGUGUGAAAAGAAGAGCACAGAAUGAAGAGAACCCAUCUGUGAAGCAGGAGAAUGGAGGACAAGGAUUGGAGCAGAGAGGAGAAGCAGAAGAUCAAAGAUGGGAAGAACCAGGACUAGACGGGUUUCAAACAGGAAGUGGAUUUCAGGAUGGACGACGGAGUUCAAAGCAGAUGAAUGUUAAAGUUUUGGUGUUGGAGGAAGAAGAGCGGGAAAAAGCUAUUGGGAGUAAAAAUAUCGUCAUAAAAGUUCUAGAGGAAACGCUCUACAGCAGCGUCCAAACAUACCAUGGACAUAAUGAGCAUGUCAGCCAAGAAAAAUACUCAGACGAGCAACAAUAAAACUAAUAAACAAAGACAAAAUGUAUAUUCAGUUCUUGUGGGAUAUUGUCUCUAAAAGUUGUUUUGGUUCUACUUAGGAAGGCUCACAAAGUGGAAUUAAAGCAGAAAAUAAAAAUUAAAAACUUGUCUAUAAA